UUGGAGAGCGAUGCGUAAUGGUCAGUGCAGUAUAGCAUUCUCACAGUACGGUAUGCCUCGUUACACAGUCCACAUUCGGGAUGAGUGGCUUACAGUGCCCUGUCGGGAUACCUCGAGUUCAAUCCAAUGGCUUGCAUACGAAGCACUCAAACGGUACACCAAGAACAAACCCGACAACGGGGGGAUCAAGGCUGUGAAAGACACUCGUUUUGUCGCGAGGAGAUGCCAAGGGCAGGGGCUGCUGGAUGCGGAUGACACCAUCGACGAUGUUCUGGAGGACAAUGACUUUGUCGAACUUAGUAUCGAAGGAGACACCAUGGCUACUGACUUCACCCCCUACCAGCCUGGAGUUUCUCAUCUAACAGCUGUAUACAGAGAACCUGAAGACUACAUCUUCUUAGAUGGCAACAGCCUGACUGCAACAGACCUGGUCAAUUUAGGAAAGGGGAUGUACAAUAUAAAGUUGACCCCGGAUGCCGAAACCAAAGUUGUGAAAUCUAGGGAGCUCAUUGACACCAUUGUCAAAGAAAACAAAGUUGUUUAUGGAAUCACUACAGGUUUUGGGAAAUUUGCCCGAACUGUUAUUCCUGUCAGCAAACUCAAAGAGCUGCAGGAGAAUCUUGUGCGGUCGCACUCAGCAGGUGUGGGUAGUCCCCUGAGCCCAGAGAGAACCCGCAUGCUCCUGGCCCUAAGGAUUAAUGUCUUGGCCAAGGGGUACAGCGGAAUCUCCCUGGAUACCCUUCAUGCCAUGAUCCAGGCCUUCAAUGCUUCCUGUCUGCCCUUUGUCCCUGAGAAAGGGACAGUUGGUGCCAGUGGAGACCUUGCCCCGCUUUCUCACCUAGCACUGGGCCUCAUGGGAGAGGGCAAGAUGUGGUCACCAAAGAGCGGAUGGGCAGACGCUAAAUAUGUCCUAGAGGCUCAUGGUCUGAAGCCCAUAUCACUCAAGCCUAAAGAGGGUCUUGCUCUGAUCAACGGGACUCAGAUGAUCACGUCUCUGGGAGCAGAGGCCGUGGAGCGGGCUGAGAGCAUCGCCCGGCAGGCUGACAUCAUCGCAGCCCUCACACUGGAGGUGCUGAAGGGGACAACCAAGGCCUUCGACAGCGAUAUCCAUGCGCUGCGUCCCCACCCGGGACAGAUUGAGGUCGCCAUGCGCUUCCGCUCCUUACUGGAAUCAGAUCACCGCCCUUCAGAGAUUGCAGAGAGUCACCGGUUCUGUGACAGAGUCCAGGAUGCCUACACCAUGCGCUGCUGUCCUCAGGUCCACGGAGUAGUCAAUGACACAAUAGCUUUCGCCAAGAGCAUAAUCAACACAGAGAUCAACAGUGCCACUGACAACCCUAUGGUGUUUGCAGAGAGAGGAGAGACCAUCUCUGGUGGGAAUUUCCAUGGAGAAUAUCCAGCAAAGGCUCUGGAUUUCUUGGCUAUUGGCGUGCACGAGCUAGCUUCCAUCAGUGAGAGGAGGAUCGAGCGCUUGUGUAACCCGUCUCUGAGUGAGCUGCCUGCCUUCCUGGUCAACGAAGGUGGCCUCAACUCCGGUUUCAUGAUUGCACACUGUACCGCUGCAUCCCUGGUGUCGGAAAACAAGGUGCUGUGCCACCCUUCCUCCGUUGACUCCCUGUCCACCAGCGCUGCCACGGAGGAUCACGUCUCAAUGGGAGGAUGGGCUGCCAGGAAGGCCCUCAGGGUGGUGGAACAUGUGGAGCAAGUUCUUGCUAUUGAGCUCCUAGCUGCCUGCCAGGGUAUUGAAUUUUUACGCCCCCUGCGUACUACCACACCAUUGGAGAAGGUCUAUGACCUUGUACGGAGUGUUGUCAAGCCCUGGAUUAAAGAUAGAUUCAUGUCCCCGGACAUUGAGGCGAUCCAUCGUCUUCUCCUGGACCAGAAGGUUUGGAAAGUGGCUCAACCGUACAUUGAAAUGUACCAAACAGAGUACAUCCCUGAAUCUCGCCCAGAGUCUCCCACUGCCUUCUCACUAGAGUCACCAGCAUCACCACGGAAACGUGUCCGCCAUGAGUGAAAUUAUAAUCAGCAACAAACUAAUGUUGUCAUUCACACUGAAAUACUUUACCAUUAAUUCUGAAGUAUUUUUUUCUACACUUUCUUGUUUUUUAACAAUAAUCUUUCAAAUCCACUUUCUAUUGAGGCUAAAGAUGCAAAUGAUGUUAUUCCAAAUAUUUCUUGAUUAACUACAUUUAUAAUGAUUUGGGUUAUUUAGGCAUUCAGAAAUGACUUAUAUGCUCAUGCAAAUGACAUAAUAAUUUAAGCAUUUAUAUAAGCUAGCCAAUAUUUAUUGUAUUGUCUGUUCAACGUGCAAAAAGCCUUUAAUGCCCCACUACUACCUCAGCUAUUUUCAAUUUAAAAAAAAAGGUCUCACACUAAAAUUACUGUAAACUGCUGUUAUUUAGUAGGCUAUGAAAUGAUCAUUGAAUUAAUAAAAAAUAAAUACUGAUUUGA